AUGCAAGUUGCAUUUGCCCAGUCAAAUCUGGCAGGACGUGCCAAGACUUGGGCGCUGGGGCUCAAGUUGCACGACCCAUAUGCGUUUGGGUCGUUGGAAGUCUUCAAGUCGCGGCUCAGACAAACGUUUGAACCGCCUAGAGCUAAGUUCAGAGCUCGAACCGAACUCUUGAAGCUCAAGCAGGGUAAGCUUGAUGUGCACGCUUACGCGCAACACAUACGACAUCUCGUGAGUUGUAUAAGUUCCAAUCCGGUGGAUGAACACACGUUGGUUUCGGUGUUCAUGCAGGGUCUUGCGGAUGGUCCCGUCAAGACUCACCUGUUCCGGCUUGAACUAGAUUCACUAGAACAAGCCAUUUCCAUUGCGGAGCAGGAAGACUUCAGUCUGAGACAGGCUCGCGCCAGCUCGACAUCAUAUCGUCAACCGAGACGAUAUGACAGCGGAGGUCCAGAGCCGAUGGAACUCUGUUAUGUAGAGAGCGAGAAGGCUCGCUCUACAGGCUACAAGAAGUUGCAGAAAUGCAACAGAUGUCAAAAGACAGGACACUACGCUUACGAGUGUAGUGCCCCUCGUCCAGUGUCUCGCGAUACUGGGUGUAGUGACCGUCCACCCAUGAGAAAGGGGCAGGGACGCGGGUCCGCUGUUGGUGCAAAGACGCAACAACGGGAUGGACCGUCAAAAAACGGACAUGAUCAGUAG